AUGUUUUUAAAACUAUUAUACAAAAUUAACAAAUAUUUGGCAACCUACAUUAUUUUUAUUCUGUUUUUAAGAAAAAUAGAAAAUAAAAAUCGGGAAGUUUUUAUUAAUUCAAACUUAUCACUUAUCAAGGUUUUAAAUUCAUUCGAAAAUUUAGAAACAGAUAAGAUAGAAAAACAAAUAGACUUAGAAUUAGAAAUUGAUAUGGGAGAAUCAACUAAUUCUGAUAUCUUUAAUCAUGAUAACUCAAAACAUAGCUCUAAUGACUUGGAGGCUUAUCUAAAAGCAGAUAAUAAUUCUACAAGUGAAAAACUUAAUGUUAUUCCUGUCAUUGAAUUGGAUUUUGGAAAAAGAGAUUCAGUAUCGGUUGAUGAGAAAUCAGAGACCGAAGUAGAACCUCUUAAUGAUAAUCAAGUGGAAUUCGAAAGUUGUGAAUUAGUAAAUCCUGAUAAUGUAGGAAAGUUGGAGAAUGAGAUAGCAGCAUUAAUGAAAAAUGAGAAAAAACUUGUCAGGAAGCUUGAACAAAUUGAAUUUACUGUUAAUAUAUAUUCAAAAGCAUUCCUUUCUGAUUCAAGUAUGAGUAAUACAAUUAAAUUUAUCAAAAAAUAUGAAUUGGUAAAAAAAAAUUACCAAAAAAAUUGUGAAUUACUUGAGAAAAAAAAAAGCGAUCUAGAGAAAUACAAGUAA